GCGGGGUACGCGGUGGCGACCCAGGCUUGCCGGAGCGGACGCCGGGUCCGGGCGGCUCCUGCUUUCCUCAGCUGUUUCUUUUGGACAAUCCAUGAUAUUUACUACUGUGCCAAGUUUCUACAAAUAAAAGAUGGGUGGAUUAUUUUCUCGAUGGAGGGCAAAACCUUCAACAGUAGAAGUUCUAGAAAAUAUAGACAAGGAAAUUGAAGCAUUGGAAGAAUUUAGAGAAAAAAAUCAGAGAUUGCAAAAAUUAUGGGUUGGAAGAUUAAUUAUCUAUUCUUCAGUUCUUUAUCUGUUUACAUGCCUAAUUGUGUACUUGUGGUAUCUUCCUGAUGAAUUUACAGCAAGACUUGCCAUGACACUCCCAUUUUUUGCUUUUCCUUUUAUAAUCUGGACCAUAAGAAUUGUGCUUAUUUUCUUCUUUUCCAAGAGAACAGAGAGAAAUAAUGAAGCAUUGGAUGAUUUAAAAUCCCAGAAGAAAAAGAUACUUGAAGAAGUCAUGGAAAAAGAAACUUAUAAGACAGCUAAGUUAAUUCUGGAAAGAUUUGAUCCAGACUCAAAGAAAGCAAAGGAGUUUGAGCCGCCAUCUGCUGGAGCAGCUGUAACUGCAAAACCAGGACAAGAGAUUCGUCAGCGAACUGCAGCUCAAAGAAACCUUUCUCCAGCACCAGCAAGCUCUAGUCAAGGCCCUCCUCCACAAGUUCCAGUGUCUCCUGGGCCAUCAAAGGAUGCCUCAGCUCCUGGGGGACCUCCAGAAAGGACCAUUGCUCCAGCCUUAUCCAGACGCCUUGGAUCCCCUGCUACUUCAGUGCCUGGAAUGGGCCUUCAUCCUCCAGGUCCACCCUUAGCAAGGCCCAUUCUUCCCAGAGAACGAGGUGCUCUGGAUAGAAUUGUUGAAUAUUUAGUUGGCGAUGGUCCACAGAACAGGUACGCUCUCAUAUGUCAGCAGUGUUUUUCUCACAAUGGCAUGGCUUUGAAGGAAGAAUUUGAAUACAUUGCUUUUCGAUGUGCCUACUGCUUUUUCUUGAAUCCUGCAAGAAAAACCAGACCUCAAGCUCCUCGACUUCCAGAGUUUAGUUUUGAAAAGAGGCAGGCAGUGGAAGGCUCAAGUUUAGCUGGUCCCGUGUCAUCAGAAAGUAUACCCUCACCAGAGAGCCAAUUCAGUGAAGAAUCUUUAGAAGAACAAGAUGUUCUUGAUAAUAGUACAGAGCAGAGAGAUGACAAAAUACCAGUGACAGAGCAGACAAGCCAAAUGAUUGAAAAAACACCUGGUUCAGAGGAGCCAGAGGAAAAACAAGAAGAGACUGAGAAGGAGGAAUUGUCAGCAAAUGAGGCCAAGUCAACAGUUCUCAGAGCUGACUCUGUUUCCAAUCUUGAACCAAGUGGAGAAUCUGUGGUGACACAAUAGUAAAUAAUCCUGUGUGCCUUCAACUGGAUAUUUGUAGUCUUGUUGAUGUCAAUUAUUGCUUUUUUUUUUUUUUGUGGUACUCAAAAACAUUGCCUUUUAGAUAUAUACUUAAUGCUAUUCAAAUUCAGAUUGCCUAGCAAAGUCAGUGUGUUCAAGUCCCGCCUACUGGGCAUUGAAAGUAAAAGCACGCGGUACCAUUGAAUGUGCAGAGACCCACAUAGCUGUUAGAUACUUUGUGCAUUCUAAAGUUUAAAAAAAAAAAAAAAAAAGAAGCCCUUGUUUUCUAUAUCUGUAACUUGUAAAUAAUACCCAUUUUGGCAUAGGAACAAUUUUGGCUAGGAAUAAUUUCUUUGAUAGUGUUUAAGGAUUGAAACAUAAUUAAGAUUUUGAAUACUUCAUCAUUAAAUUUUAACUCCUGAGAUAUUUGCCAGUGGGAAGGAAAUAUCUAUUUAGGUGUUUACAUUAAGUGAUACUGAAAGCUGUAACCUUAUUUAUAUAGGCAUUGGUACGAAUUUUCAAUAAGAAUGCAACUGAACAGUCAAGUGCAGUGUUUCUUUUGAUGUUUUUUGUUUUGCAGCUGGGCCAAAGGCACGUGAUGUACAUAGUUAAUGUUUACAUACUAACAAUAGGAACUGCGUCUGCACUUGACUGUACUUGAAUUCUUGGUAUUAUUUAUAUUUGUAAAAUAAUGAUGAUAUAUAAAUGAAUUUUUUCUUGUGUGUGUGUUUUGUUAAGGAAAAUAAAGAUGACCUGGCAAUGGUUUUUCUUUGUUAAA